GUGUUCAGUCACAAGGAAACAUGAGGUUAUGCCUGAUCCAGCUGCUAGCACUGCUAGCACUGCUAGCCACUGUCCAAGCUGAAGAGGAGUCUUGUAUGGGGCGCUGUGAGAAUGGCUUUGAUGCUUCAAAGAGAUGCCAGUGUGAUUCCAUGUGCAAAUACUAUGGAAGUUGUUGCUCAGACUACGAAACCACUUGCCACAUAAUGACACGUGGGGACACUUUUGCUGAUGAUGAUGAUGAUCCAAAGGACAGUACAAAGGUUCCAACCAGAGUUCUUCCAGUUCAAAGGAGAUUUAACCCUUCACCAACCAUUCCAGCCAAACCACCAACUGCACCAUCUGUAAUCUCUGACACCACCGACCCCUCCACCGCUGCUGCAGCCCACAGCAAUGCUGGAGCAACGACCACAGCCGACAGCCCAACCACAAUUGACAGCCUUCUCAGCACUGAUGCACCUACAACCACACCAAACAGUCCAACCACAACCCAAGCCCCUGACCCUGAUGCUGAGGUGUGCAGCGGAAGACCCUUUGACUCUUUUAUGCAGCUCAAAAACGGCUCUGUUUACGCUUUUAGGGGAAGAUAUUUCUUUGAGCUGGAUGAGAAGUCAGUGUUACCAGGUUAUCCAAAACUCAUCAAAGAUGUAUGGGGUAUAGAGGGACCUAUAGAUGCUGCAUUUACCCGAAUAAACUGUCAAGGAAAGACCUACAUUUUCAAGGGCAGCAAGUACUGGAGGUUUGAGGAUGGUGUCCUGGAUGAAGAUUUUCCCAGGGAUAUCAGUGUAGGGUUUGAAAAGAUACCAGAUAACAUAGAUGCUGCUUUUGCCAUUCCUGCUCACAAUCACCAUGGUAAAGAGAGGGUCUACUUUUUCAAAGGAGAUCUGUAUUACCUCUAUGAGUUUAAGCACCAGCCAAGUCAUGAGGAAUGUAUCCAGAUGUCCAUGAAGUCACCCUCCACACUUUUCACCCGUUACACCAACAACUACCAUGACCACUGGGCAGAGUUCUUCAGCCGGCUCUUUGGAGAUUCAGUUUCAGGGCAUCAUGGAGGACAUCACUUCAUAGACAGGGACUGGAUCGGCGUCAAAGCUCCCAUAGAUGCCGUGAUGGUGGGGAGACUCUACAUCACACCCAGACCUCCCUCACGUCGCCCCAGCAGGAGGCGCCAAAACGACUGGCGGGAUGGCGACCAGGACAGGAGACAACAGUGGGGACAGCAGUGGGGUCAACAAUGGGGGCAGGACUGGGAUCAACAGUGGAACUCCAGGCAAAGACAGAGGCGUUCUCCUUACUGGGAUUCAAUGGCUCAAAUGAGCAUCAGUAUUGGACAGGAGUUUGCUCAGAGGUACGGACAGGAUCGCAGGUGGGACCAGGACAGGCGAAGUGACAGCUACCGUAGGCAAUACGACUACGAUUACAGCUACAGAUAUGGCCCGUACGACGACAGGGAUUACGACUCACGGCGGAGAGGCCAUCCAGUGCAGAGUGUCUACUUCUUCAAAGGAGAUAAAUACUACAGGGUCGAUUUGCAGACUAAAAGAGUGGACUACGCCAAUCCGCCCUACCCAAGAUCCAUAGGCAAAUACUGGCUUGGCUGCCCAGACAAACCAGGGGCGGAGAAGAGAUGAGAGUGCAUUGUGAACACAGUUAUUGAAUAUGUAUUUACAAUGAAGAAACGAUAAGUGGAUUUUUGGUAUGGGCUUCUAUGAAACAGAGCCGCAAAUAAGCAAAGUGGUUUUCCCAUGCGAAUGACGUUUCAUAACAAAAUAUGUAUACCUGCCAAACGGAUGAUGUAUGGACUAACAAAUUGUGAUUUGAUUUCAUUUCAUUUAAAAAAUUAUAUCCUAAAACAGACAUUUUGGAUUAGACUAAAAAUCACAGAUAACAACCAAAGCUUUCAAACUGGGCCAAUAACAUCUCUUUUUUUUUUUUUUUUUUGAUCUUUCAUGUCCUACAUAGACCGCCCAGACAGCCUGGGCAAAGUUCACCUUUCUAUAGUCUUUCCUCAUUAGUCAUACUUUAGUGAUUCAUAAAUUCAUGUGACUGGUUUCUAGACUGAUUGUUCUGUGUGUCAGUGAUAAGAUCUGUUGUCCUAACUCCAUAAAUGGCUGAUAACUGGAGUU